CGCAACGGAUUCAUCGUCCUCCCACAUUUUCCCUUCAUUAGGCACCUCCGCCUCCCAUCGGAAUUUCAGUCACCUUUUUCAUAUAUAAACUUAUUCAUUUAUAUUUUAUAUAUAUUAUAUAUUAUAUACUGAUAGAUAUAGAUUUUUGAGAUUCUUAUUUUAUUUAUAUAAUAAAAUAAUAUUAAUGGCUCAAAAUGGGCAGGGGAUAGAACCGGCAUUACUUGAUGAUAUAAUAAACCGGUUGUUAGAGUUCCGGCAGGUAAGGGCGGUCCGGCAGGUACAGUUAUCGGAAUCUGAGAUCCGGCAGCUCUGUACCGUCUCUCGUGAGAUAUUUCUUCAACAACCUAAUUUGUUAGAACUUGAAGCUCCUAUUAAGCUAUGCGGUGACAUUCAUGGACAGUAUGUUGAUCUGUUGAGGCUUUUUGAAUACGGGGGAUUUCCUCCAGAGGCAAAUUAUUUGUUCUUAGGAGACUAUGUGGACCGUGGCAAGCAAAGUUUAGAGACAAUAUGCCUAUUGCUUGCCUACAAAAUAAAAUAUCCCGAAAACUUUUUCCUUCUGAGAGGCAAUCAUGAAUGUGCUUCUAUCAACAGGAUAUACGGUUUCUAUGAUGAAUGUAAACGUCGUUUCAAUGUUCGACUCUGGAAAACUUUUACUGAUUGUUUCAAUUGUCUCCCUGCUGCUGCUCUCAUUGAUGACAAAAUCCUAUGCAUGCAUGGGGGUCUCUCUCCUGAUCUAACGAACCUUGAUCAGAUAAGAAAUUUGCCUCGGCCAACCACUAUCCCAGACUCAGGUUUGCUUUGUGAUUUACUUUGGUCAGAUCCUAGUCGAGAUGUGAAAGGUUGGGGAAUGAGUGACCGAGGAGUCUCAUAUACAUUUGGCGCUGAUAAGGUGGCGGAGUUUUUAAUGCAGCAUGAUAUGGAUCUUAUAUGUCGUGCUCAUCAGGUUGUAGAAGAUGGGUAUGAGUUCUUUGCUGAUAGGCAGCUUGUUACAAUAUUUUCUGCCCCAAAUUAUUGUGGUGAAUUUGAUAAUGCUGGGGCAAUGAUGAGUGUUGAUGAAAGCUUAAUGUGUUCUUUCCAAAUUUUGAAGCCAGCUGAUAGGAGCGAUAGGCCAGCAAGAUUUUUGUGACACAAAAGUUAUUAAGAAUCUCCUGAUCAGCCUCAAAUGCUUGUGACGUAGCACACUGCUGUUUUAGUUUUCUGUCAAAAAUGUCAAAACACCUUUUCAUGAAGCCUUGUUGUUAUAUGUUCAGAUUACCAGGCUACUAUGAUAAUCGGCGGCAGCUCCCAUAUGAAUGACCAACUUGCCAGUUUUCUGAUUUUUCGUUACUGUUGAAUCAUGUCAUUCCCAAUUUACAACACUGUAUAUGCAUUUGGUGUUGUAAAUUGUAAGAUGCCAUAGUUAAUCGUUGUCAAACACUACUAAUUUGCUACGAUUAACCAUUUUAAUUGACACACCCCUUGUUUCAUUGUUCUUGGAAUGUUUUAUGUAUCCUCAACCAUUAGAAUCGGUUUGUCUUCGCAUUAAAGUUUGAA